GGCUAGCAAAACCCUCGGGAACAAAGAAUCUCCCCAACGGCUACCACAUGCGGUGGCUGGCACCAGAUAAGUUACCGUUGGUGGGGCCCCCUUCAUUUCUUUUUGAAAAAUAUAUAACCGUUACAAAACUCUGGCCCUUCAAGUACCAACAACUCAUACUGCAGCUCUCAAACUAUCAAGAGUCAAGAACACCAAGGGGGAAGGAAAAAAAAAACAUAAUCCAGUUCUUGAGUGGAAAAGUAGAGGUAAAAAGCCAUGACUGCUGAGGUUAAAGUCGAGGAAACUAAGGUUGCUGAUGCUGAGGUUGUUGUUCCUGAAGAAAGUCCCAAGCAGGUUGUUGCUGAUGCUGAUAAUGAAGACACCAAAAAAGGUGGGGAUUCUGAAGUGAAUGGUGAUUCUACUAUUUCCAUGCCUAAAACAGUUCAGAAGAGCUCUUCUUAUAAAGAAGAGAGCAACUAUCUUUCUGAUCUUAAGGAGUUUGAGAAAAAGGCUCUCACUGAGCUUAAAUCCAAACUUGAAGAAGCUAUUCUUGGAAACAAAUUGUUCAAGAAAGAUGAGCCCAAGAAGAAAGAGACUGGAGAAAGUGAAAAGAAGGUGGAGGAGAAGGAGAAGAAGGUAGAUAAAGAAGAGACAGAGAAGGAAAAGACUGAAGAAAGUGAGAAACAAGAUCAAGAACAAGAAGCUGAGAAGAAUGAAGAAAGUGAGAAGCAAGUUCAAGAUAAAGAAGCUGAAAAGAAUGAAGAACCAGAACCAGUGCAAGAAUGUGAAGAAGAGAAGAAACCUGAGGAGGAAAAGGAGGAAGAAAUAGUAGACAAAGAUAUCUCUCUUUGGGGAGUCCCACUUUUGCCUAGCAAAGGAGCACAAGGAACAGAUGUUGUCCUCUUGAAGUUCCUGAGAGCAAGAGAGUUCAAAGUCAAUGAAGCCUUUCAGAUGCUAAAGAAAACCCUGCAAUGGAGGAAAGAAUCAAACGUCGAUUCGAUCUUGGAAGAAGAUUUGGAAGUGGAUUUAAGCUCAGCCUUUUACAUGAAUGGUGUAGAUCGUGAAGGUCACCCUGUCUGUUACAACAUUUAUGGUGCUUUUGCUGAUGCAGAUCUCUACUCCAAGGCGUUUGGCAGUGAGCAAAGGCGCAAACAGUUCUUGAGAUGGAGAUUUCAGCUGAUGGAAAAGGGCAUUCAAAAGCUUGAUUUGAAGCCUGGUGGUGUCACUUCUUUGCUUCAAAUUAAUGAUCUCAAGAACUCUCCUGCUCCAUCGAAGAAAGAUCUUAGAGUUGCUAUGAACCAAGCUGUUUCGCUUUUGCAGGACAAUUAUCCUGAAUUUGUUGCCAGAAAUAUAUUCAUAAAUGUUCCAUUUUGGUAUUAUGCUCUCAAUGCACUGUUGUCCCCUUUCUUAACUCAAAGAAGCAAGAGCAAAUUUGUUGUUAGUCGCCCUGCCAAGGUUACUGAGACCUUACUCAAAUACAUUCCAGCCCAGGAAAUCCCUGUCCAGUAUGGUGGUUUCAAGAGGGAGAAUGAUUUCGAGUUCUCAGCAGGAGAUGAUGAAGUUUCUGAGCUUAUUGUCAAAGCAGGAUCAACUGAAACCAUUGAGAUCUCUACAGCAGAGGUUGGGGUCACACUGAUCUGGGACCUGACUGUUUUGGGUUGGGAAGUGAAUUACAAGGAGGAAUUUGCACCAAAUGACGAGGGGUCUUACACUGUCAUAAUUCAAAAGGCCAAGAAAAUGAGCUCAUCUCAAGAACCACUUCGCAACACUUUUACCAACAGUGAGCUUGGAAAGGUUGUCCUGACAAUUGAAAAUACUUCCAGCAAGAAGAAGAGGGUUCUGUAUCGAUACAAGACCAAGAAGACUGCUGCUGCUUCCUUCUAGACACCACCAUCUUUAUAUAAAUUCCAAUCUUGUAUUCAUUGUCAGUUUUGUUUGUUAUGACAUUCUUUAUAUCGCACCAUUGAUUGAUUCUUUUUGUGGAAGAUCCUCUGUUUUAGUUCAUUUUUCUCCAUCUUUAAUCUUUUUGCUCUUGGAGGGUUUCCUGGUUACAGAUUGAUUUGUAAUGUACAAGUAAUAAAUAUAUAUUUAUCGAGUA